AAAUCAAACUUGGCGAAAGAAAGAGCCAGAGAGCCUCUUUGAUGUAACGAUGGGCAGUUUUGAUGGUGCGGAAACAUGCGAGCUAGUUGGUUUAUUCCUACUAUCCAAACUUCCUCCAGAAUAUCGAAAUGAUAUUGGUCUCUACAGAGAUGAUGGCCUUGCAGCGUUUGACAAACCACCGAGAGCAAUAGAAAAUAUCAAGAAGCAAAUUUGCAGAACUUUUAAUGAACAUAAUUUAAAGAUUACAAUCGAAGCUAACAAAAAAUGUGUCAAUUACCUAGAUGUCACAUUUGACCUAAGAUCUUCCUCAUUUAAACCGUACAUGAAACCGGGAAAUACGCUUCAAUAUGUCCAUCGUCAGAGUAAUCACCCACCCGCAGUUUUAAAGGCAAUUCCUGAUGCAAUUAACAAUCGAUUGUCCAACAUCUCGUCUAACGAACAAGCAUUUAAUUCAGCUUGUCCUCCAUACCAAGAUGCUUUACAUAAGA